CAACGACGGAAAUUAAGAGAACCGAUGAAGGCGUCCAAGAGCAUCUGGCUCCACAUACAUCUCCGUGAUUGCUCUCUGAUUCUGAAGGCUCGCUAGCUAGCUAUAAGAAAGGUGUUGGUACUGAAGCCAGAGCAAUAGCUACCGUAUAGAGAGAAGCUACCGAGACACUACUUGUAAAGAUUCGGAUCCAGACAACGCCCAUUCGGCACACGAUCAGGGCGUGAAAGAGUUCCAGAGCAAAAGAUUUGUGAGGAGAAAUUACCGGUACAGCCAUGGUAUCUGGUGGUGACGACAGCAUGGUGAUGUCCACGGAGGAAGUAGCUCCCGAGACGUCCACCAUGGAGUGCAUUGAAGCUGCCUUUCGAAUAUCCGAUGCGACUCUGGAGGAAGCUCCACAGAUUCUCGAAGCCCUCUACGGGCUGAAUGUGGAACCCUUUGACAACAUUUACCGCCUAGAAAAAAGGCUACGGUCCGGCAGCUUUGGCACCGUCUACGAGUGUCAACAUGUCAGUCAUCCAGAUCAGCUCUACGCCGUCAAGAUUAUCGAUCGCAAAAAGCUCAAACCCAAAGAUGACAAGGCAGUCUUCACCGAAGUAGCCGUCCUACGAGAGUGCCAUGAAAUCGACAAUGUCAUCAAGAUUAUUGAUUUCUUUGUGGAACCCGAUAAACUAUACAUGGUACAAAUGCUGGCCCGGGGAGGAGACGUCUUUGAUAGACUGACGGCACGACAAAAGUACAGCGAACGAGACGCACGCAACCUGGCCGUCACACUCAUCAAGACCAUGUACGAGAUACACAAAAAGACCAUUGUGCAUCGUGACUUGAAACCAGAGAACCUUUUGCUCCAAGAAGAGCUAAAUGACACCAGCAUUUUAGUGGCAGAUUUUGGAUUUGCCAAGCAUUGCGGAUCGGGACAAUACCUCAAGACGAGAUGUGGGACACCUGCCUUUGUAGCACCUGAAAUCGUUCUGGGGACACCUUACAAUGCAAGCUGUGACAUGUGGUCCAUUGGAUGCUUGCUGUAUAUGAUCAUCUGUGGAUACCCACCCUUUCAAGGAAAAGACCACAACGACUUGUUUCGAAAGAUUCGAGCUUCCGAUUUCACCUUUCACGACAAGUAUUGGAAAAAGGUCAGUCUGCCUGCCAAACAGCUCAUUGCCGGAUUGCUCACUGUCAAUGCCAAGAAUCGAUUGACUGGAAAACAAGCCUGUGAAAGUAGCUGGAUCCAAAAACUACCCGACGAGGCCCUCGGCAACACGGACUUGACGGGAGCGCUGAGAGAAAUGAAGAAAUUCAAGGCCCGUGAAAAGCUAAAGAGUGCCAUGGGGGCCGUUCGGUGGGUCGCAACGGCAAACUUUUGGGUGGGAGGUAACAUUUCGUUUUCACAACACAAAUCACGCCAAUCCAUGACUGUACCAGCGGGGGGAAGUGCUGCCCCAGGUGGCGCUGGUGGCGCUGGUGGCGGCGGCGCUGCAGCAGGACGUCAAUCUGGCAAGCUGGCAGAAAUUCAACAAGCUACCUUCCGAGAUCGAUAUGAACUGGUGACCAAGAUAAGAAAAGGAUCCUUUGCAACCGUUUGGGAAUGCCAUCACAAGGUCACCAAAGAAAAGUUUGCUGCCAAAGUCAUCAAGCGUGCAGGUUUGUCGGCAGACGACGAUGAAGCUGUCUUGAAUGAAGUGACAAUCAUGCAGUCGCUAAGUCGACACGGCAAGUAUGUGACCCAGUUGUGCGAUUUCUAUGAAGAAAAGGACUACUUCUUCAUGGUCAUGGAACUGAUGGCAGGUGGAGAUGUGUUUGAUCAGAUUGUGGAACGGACCAGUUACACCGAAAAGGAUGCCCGCGAUUUGGUCAAGACGUUACUGACAGCGGUCAAAUGCUUGCAUGAAAAUGGUAUUGCUCAUCGAGACAUCAAGCCUCAGAACCUUUUGCUUCCAUCCAAGCAAGCUGCUGCCAACAUCAAGCUAUGCGACUUUGGCUUUGCUCGUCGCGUUCACACACCUCAAUCCAUUACACAUCGAGUUGGCACUCCGACCUAUGUGGCACCUGAAGUCCUGAAAAAUAUUCCACACGACGAACGAGUAGACAUGUGGAGUGUUGGUGUAACAAUGCACGUGCUGCUCGUGGGAUAUGCUCCAUUCAUGGAAGACGACCAAUUAAAGUUGUUCUCGAAGAUCAAGAGGGGAGAGUGGCGCUUUCACAGACCCGAUUGGAGGCAUAUAUCCGAGGACGCGAAGGACUUGAUCCGCGCUUUAUUGGUGAUAGAUCCGGUGGAGAGAAUGACAGUGGACGAGGCGUUGCGUUGUCCUUGGCUCACGCAGGACAACGACGAAGAUUUAUCCAACAAUAGUUUGAACGGAUCCAUCUCGAACCUAAUGAGCAAACGCCAGAAAUUGCGGAGUGUGGCCAAGACGGUUCUUUUCAUGGGUAAGAUCGGUGCGAAAUUCGGCAACAAUUCGGCUUCUUCCGACGGAAAUAUUGCGGAGGUUGUGACUGUUGACAAAGACAACAACACGGUCGAGUUCGACAAACAAUAGCUAGCGUAGUGUCUUGUGCAGUUGUAAAGUAUCCUGUUGUCCUCUUGGG